GUUAAUAACCUCUCUCUUCUCUUUAAGAAUGAAGAAUCUUUGGAAAGUGGUGGAAAUGUAAGUAGAAGAGCUUGACUUAACAAUUACACCUUGGGUAAAAGGGGUGGCUUGAAUAGCAUAUCAUUGCAACCCAAUAUUUGCAUUUUGCCAAUACUCACUGUGCUUUUCUGCUAAUGCCUCAACAGGUAUUUUACUCACUUAAGAUUGGAGCAUCACCAAGAUCAGAGCCUCCACACACUGAUAAUGUAAGUCUGACGGCGUGUUAUGAUUAUUGCAAUACUGGAAUCCUAUUGGGUAUUUUUAGAUUUGGUGUUAACCAUUUCUUCUCCAAAAUGUUAGAAUAAAACUAUAGGGUUCACUAAUGCUUUUGUAUUACUUGCUGCAUGCAGCCAGCCAUUAGUACCCAGCCCAAUAAAGCCUUUAAUGAGAAAGGGACUGCCAUGCAUAAAGCUGAUAAUAUUUCUCUUUUACUUUUAGGAUGGAGAAGAUUUGGAAUUUUUAACAGCUAAAAGUGUAAGUAGAAGAGGGUAACACAAACAUAAUGCAUAAUAAUGUCACACCUUGCUUUAUUACACAAGACUUGCUUAUCUUGAUUUAAUUGGAUUUUAGGGUUCCGUACUAUUUUAUUGGGGGGGUGGCAAAGCCAUAAUAUAAUACCUUUGGAAAAGUAUGGAGUAUCCGAAGCCUAAAACAGGAUGACUCUCUAUUAUUUUAUGGGCUCAGACAAAAAAAGUUUUGUAUAGUACAUAUAUAUUUAAUUUACACCUUUAUAUUUACAACACCUUUUCUGAUCCCUUAAGGCUGAAAAUCCUCCAGAGCAAGAGGCACUGCCUCCAGUUGCUGACUAUGUAAGUACUUCAACCCUCUAGCACCCAACACGGUGCCAUGACAUGUUACAAAUUCAUAUGGAUCUUUCAAAGGAAGGUUUAUAUAGUACAUAUAUAUUUAAUUUACACCUUUAUAUUUACAACACCUUUUCUGAUCCCUUUAGGCUGAAAAUCCUCCAAAGCAAGAAGCACUGCCUCCAGUUGCUUACUAUGUAAGUACUCCAACCCUCUAGCUUGUGUAUACAGCCAAGUCAAUGUCCUGUCCAAAAUCACCCAGGUUUCCAUUUUCCUGCAUUAUGAUUGGAUAACUGAUAUUAUCAAAUUAGCACAAUUUGGCAUAACCCUGCAUGUUAUUCAAAAAUUAUGAUGUUGUUUCUUGCUUUCCUUUUAGAAUGAACAGCCAACAGGAAUUCCAGUGGUUUAUAAUAAUCCAGCAGUAGAUUUUUAUGACUGGAACAAAAUUGGACGAGGAGGAUUUGGAACUGUGUUCAAGGCAAAAUAUGAAAAGACUGUGUACCCUGUGGCUAUAAAAAUCACAGAAAUCAAAAAGAGAUGCACUGAAGAAAACAAAGAACUACAGGAGGUGUAUAUGAUGCAGAAAGUUUCUGGACACAGAAACACUGUUGAAUAUUAUAGUUCCAUGAUCUAUGCCACUCCAGAGUCAAGGCAGUUAUGGUGCGUUAUGGAAUAUUGUUGUGGCGGAUCUAUAUAUGACCUGAAGAAAGUGUACAAAUCCAUCCCAGAGCAUGGAAUUCAGUACAUAUCCAGAGAAGUGCUAGAGGGCUUGAACUACCUACAUGAGAAAUGUAUUGUGCACCGUGAUAUCAAAUGUAUGAAUAUCACGCUAACCUAUCCAGCCGUAGUUAAGAUAAUUGAUUUCGGGCUGGCUGCACAGUUAAGAAGCCCAGAUGAUACAAUCAGGGGUGCCUGUGGAACAAGUUAUUGGAUGGCGCCAGAAGUUAUUGCGUGCAAAUACAAUCGAUACUGCACAUAUGGCUUAAAGUGUGAUAUCUGGUCGUUUGGCAUUACCGCCAUAGAGAUGGCUGAAGGAAAGCCACCUUACUAUCGUGUGCCUGAUGCAGCGUCCCUCAUUUACAGAUGUGAACCGCCCAGACUAUAUGACCGAUACAAUUGGUCUGAAAGUUUUGAGGAUUUCCUAGCGCUGUGUUUGGUAAAAUCACCUGAUCGAAGACCUACGGCCAAAAUGCUUCUCAACCACAGCUUUAUAAAGCAACAACCAAUGGCUGAUAGCAUGGAAAAUUGGUUGAUGGAAUAUAUCAGCACUAUGUACUGGAAUGCUGAAUGGUACGGCCCAGAAAAUGCCCAAUAAGAUACACCUAAGAGCAGUGGCGAAUAAGGACUAUAUCGGCUAUUUAAGCUACAGUCAUGGAACAGUGGGCGUACGUUAGAUGUUCCUGAAUGGCUAGCAAAUCUUCUUAAAGGUCCUCAGGAACUGCAGCCAUAAUGAUUCCAGCAGGGGCAGCGCUGAAUGAGAAAAACUGGUAACUUCAAGUUUAGCUUUAGAAGCUGCUCGGAUGAGUAGUGAAACGUCUUCAAUGAUUACUUAACAAGUCCAGUUGCUUUAGAUUUAUACUAGAUAUUUAGUCACAUAUUUCUCCGGCUUUAGCACAGCAUGAUCCUGACAUUUUGGAAAAACACCCAAGCUAAGCUCAACUUUGCUUACCAGUGUCAACUGUUUCUCCUUCUUACAAAGGUUAUACGAUCUAACGGAUUGUGGCCACAAUGGAGCGUGCACCUGGACUUUGGAAUGAAUGUCUGCGCUGGCUUAGAAGAGACUGCCACGAAGGAACCAGCCAGCGGGUGGUGGAGGGUUUAAGGAUUCUGACAUCCUUGGGAACUAAGUUCCCUGCCAAGUUUUGUAAAUAUGUCUGUAACACUUAAAUAAAGUUGUAAUUUAUUUUGUC